UAAAGCAUAGCUGUUUCAGCAUCAAGGUAGCAAAGCGGAAUACAGAAACACAUACGCAGCAGGAAAUGAUUAAACGAAGAAUGAGACCAGGGGCGUUAGGAAGGCUCGGGACCCAAAACGAGGAGCUGGUGACCUCCCAGUUUAAAAAUACAGUCAGUGAAGUCAAGCCUCUGGUUAAGAAUGGCAAGGCUCUCAAAGCACAUGGUUUCCAUCUGUCAAAUAGCCAUGGAGAUGAGAGACCAGGUCAGGUUACAGCAAGACCCCUGUUUGAAGGUCCAGCACUGACAGAGGCAAUGCCAAUUAGAUCAGCACCACCACCGAAAGAAUCUGACGACAUCUGCCCAAGGAGACCUUUGAAGCUUGCCCCUUUGGAGCUCUCCAGUGAGGUGAAAGAAGCUCAGCUACAGAAAAUCAAGGGGAUUCAGCUGGAAGCCAGUAUGGCAGCCCAGAAAUUGGCCACCACCAUUAAUGAACCUUACCCCAGAAAGGGAAAAAAUCGAACAAAAGAGGACUUUGACACCUCGGCUGGGAUGUUUAAAAGCAGUCAUUUAAAGGAAACUCCAUUAGCCCAAACACCCCUGAACACAGCAGGGUCAAUCAGGGCGGCCCCUGCACCCAUCAUCCAAGAUGAAAGAAACAGCAUACUCCCCUGCAAACCCUUGGUUCCAAAGCUUGCCAUCGCAAAGAGUGAGGCUCAAGGACAACGUUCCAGGGAUAGCAGCAGGCACUGUGAAAAUCCUAACCUGUUACACACUUCAGGCAGACGCCGUCUAAGGUCAAGGCAGGGAAAAGGCCUUGAGGAGGAUCAUGGUAAGUCGCCAAAUCCAGACAGAUUAUCUGUGGAUAACGGCAAACCAUUCAGGGGACCUCAUUCUACAGGUGUCAGCGGACAGAAAAAACACUGAAGGAUGCAAGCCUUUCAUUAUACAAUGCAGAGAGAAAGAAUUCAAGGAUAACUGACUUGACAGGAAGUGGGGCAGAAACAGGAAGGGAUUCAGGCAAGCAAGCCACCAGGAGGACGGCCCUUAGGAUAGACUCCAAGAUGAUGAGGACAAACAAGACAACACUUAGAAUGAACAGUGAAACAAAAAAAAUAUUGUGGUUGCUUUCACAGUUACGGGACCCAUUCUUCUGAACAGAUAUUAAGUAAAUAACCAAGUUGCAGAUUCGAAAAUAGCUUUGUUGCAUUUAAAUAUACACAUGUUUUCCAUACUUUAAAGUAACAAUCUUGCCAGCAGUGUUAGUGAAAUUAAGAGCAUUAAUAAACUUGCAAAAGCUCAAUGAUUUGCCUUUGCCUUGGAGAGCUAUAAUGUAUAUCACUUGCAGAAACACUGGCUUUUUACUGGCUUAUUAAAAACUUACAUUUUUGUA